AUGUCUUCAUUAUCGGUCCAGUUGACUGCCCCCAACGGCCGCGUCUGGUCGCAGCCGAUCGGGCUAUUUAUCAACAACGAAUGGGUCAAGUCUUCGGAUGGAAAAAAAAUCACCACAGUCAACCCAGCAACCGCAGAGGACAUCACCUCCGUAUACGCAGCGUCCACACAAGACAUUGACACGGCCGUCAAGGCUGCACGUGCGGCCUUGAAUCAUCCCAGCUGGCGAGACCUGCCAGGAACCGAGCGCGGCAAGUUGAUGAAUCGUCUGGCACAGCUGAUUGAGGACAAUCGCGAGACGCUCGCAACUAUUGAAACCUGCGAUAAUGGAAAGCCAUACACCGUGUCACGAGAUGAUGACUUGACCGAGACGGCAGAGACCAUUCGCUAUUAUAGCGGUUAUGCCGACAAGGUCUUUGGUCAAGUCAUUGGAACGACACCGGACAAGUUUGCCUAUACGGUUCGCGAACCAAUCGGUGUCUGUGGUCAGAUUAUUCCGUGGAAUUUCCCCCUUUCCAUGGCCGCCUGGAAGCUCGGACCUGCCUUGGCCUGCGGGAAUACCGUUGUCCUCAAGCCCGCCGAGCAGACUCCUCUGUCCAUUUUAUUCUUGGCGAAUCUCAUCGUGGAGGCUGGAUUUCCCCCAGGCGUUGUGAACAUUGUCAAUGGCCAUGGGGCCAUCGCAGGUGCCGCUCUCGCCUCCCACAUGGACGUAGACAAGAUUGCAUUCACCGGCAGUACUGCAACGGCCAAACAGAUCAUGAAAAUGGCCAGUGUGAAUCUCAAAAACAUCACCCUGGAGACCGGCGGCAAGAGUCCUCUGAUUGUCUUUGAUGAUGCCGACCUCGACCAGGCGGUCGAGUGGGCGCAUAUCGGCAUCAUGUAUAACCAAGGCCAGAUCUGCACGGCCACCUCCCGUAUCCUGGUUCAGGAUCAGAUCUACGACAAAUUCCUCGCCGCAUUCAAAGCCCAGGUGAAAUCCGUAUCCAAAGUGGGCGAUCCCUUUGACGAGUCUACCUUCCAGGGUCCCCAGGUGACCCAGGCCCAGUACGAUCGCAUCAUGUCCUACGUCGAUAUUGGCAAGUCGGAGAAAGCGACCCUUGCUCUCGGUGGGAAACCCUUCCGCGGGGUCGGUCAUGGCAAGGGAUUCUUUGUGGAACCAACCAUCUUCACGGACGUUUCCCCGAGUAUGCGUAUCUGGCAGGAAGAAGUCUUUGGACCGUUUGUGGCCAUUGUACGAUUCUCCACCGAGGAGCAAGCUAUUGAGAUGGCCAACGAUACCACUUAUGGUCUUGGCAGUGCCCUGUUCACGACCAAUCUGACUCGUGCGCAUCGUGUCGCAAAGAAGAUCCAAGCCGGAAUGGUCUGGAUCAACUCGAGCAACGAUAGCGACUGGCGGAUUCCCUUUGGAGGAGUGAAGCAAAGUGGCAUUGGACGGGAACUUGGCGAGGCGGGCCUGGACGCUUAUUCAAAUAUCAAGGCGAUUCAUGUCAAUAUGAAGUCGAAGCUGUGA